CAAGCCAGGCUGCACUGCCUGCGUGUCGUCGCCAGUCUCCCCGCCUACAGAUAAUUCCAGAAACAUGAGGACACUUACCAUUGUUACAUUCACAGUCUGCUGUUGCUUGCUAAAUGCAUUUACCAUCACGGCUCCCAAGGACUUGUAUGUGGUAGAGCAUGGCAGCAAUGUCACGAUCGAAUGCAGAUUCCCAGUAGGACACCAGCUGGACCUGCUUGCGUUGGUGGUCUACUGGGAAAAGGACGACAAACAAGUUAUUCAGUUUGUAGAUGGAAGGGCGGACCUGACACUUCAGCACAGUAGCUUCACAGGGAGAGCCUGGCUGCCAAAGGAGCAGCUUCUACAAGGAAAUGCUGGGCUUCAGAUCACAGACGUGAAGCUGCAAGAUGCAGGGGUUUACUGCUGCAUGAUCAGCUAUGGUGGAGCCGACUACAAGCGGAUCACAUUGAAAGUCAAUGCCCCGUACCGCAAAAUCAACCACAGAAUUUCCAUGAAUCCAGCCACGUCUGAGCAUGAACUAAUGUGUCAGGCUGAGGGCUACCCAGAAGCUGAAGUCAUCUGGACAAACAGUAACCACCAGUCCUUGAAUGGCAAGAUCACUGUCACCAGUUCCCAGACAGAGGAGAAGCUUUUCAAUGUGACCAGCACUCUGAGGAUCAAUGCAACAGCUAAUGAUGUUUUCUACUGUACUUUUUGGAGACCACAAUCAGAGAAAAACCACACAGCUGAGUUGAUCAUCCCAGAUCUGCCUGCAGAAUUUCUCCCGAGUAAGAGGACUCAUUGGGUCCUUCUGGGAUUGCCCCUGUUGCUCCUUGUUGCAGGCAUAGUCCUUUUCCACCUAAGGAAACAAGUGAGAAGUCUAGACGUGGAAAAAUGUGCCAUCGAAGAUACAGACUCAAAAAACCAAAAUGCUACACAGUUCGAAGAGACGUAGGCAGCACAGAAGCCUCUGAUCUUCAAGGUGGGAUUGCCAGUCUGUGAUCUGUGAAUGAAGGAGCCCUUGCAAUGCGGGUCCAAGGACUCAAAAUGGAACCUGGGAAGAGAAAAUAACAAAAAGAGAAAGUGUUGGAAGGGGAGCCUAGGACAAAGGACAUUUCUGCAGGAGACACCAAUAUGCAUGUUGUCCAUCAAUCGUCUUGGGAAAGUGGGUUGAGAAUCCCCGACCUAACAUCUUGUCCUUGCAGAAUCACCCUUUUCCUUCACUCAGUGCCUGGAUGAGAGACAGAGAGCCACAAGUGUUGACGUAUGAGUGUUUUCUAUUUAUUUUGAGUCUGUGUGUGCUUGCCGUGGGAGUGUGGUUAUGAUUGAUGCAUUCCAAAGACAUAAUAGAGCUAAAAUGUAGUCACCAAACUCAACUGCUGCUUAUCAUCUUGUCCAUGGGCAGAAAUGCGCAUUUGUGAGGUGCUUGGUGUCGUCUGUAGCUACUGGUACAAAUGGAGGACACACGAUUGCUAGAGCUCUUGCUACAUGACUUGAAUAAUCUUUCUCUCAGUCCUUGAGGCUCUGUGUAGUAGUUGUUCUCUGUAUCAGCUCUGCACGUGUCUGAUACUACACUCAACAAUCUCAUUUCAUCUCCAUAGCAACCCUCAUGGUAACUUCUAUUAUAUGCACUUCAGAACCCAAGAAGCUGAGCACUUCAGUAACUUGCCCACCAGUUUCUGUCCUUCAGCCACUGUCCUCUUAGGUUACAAUUUGUAGCUAAGAAAUGGAUUCAAAAGCUUGUUAAGUAGCAUUGCAUAUCAUGCUGUGCCUCUUGUACCAUGCUGGCCCUUGAGUGUAGAGAUGUAAGCCAGAGCACUGGUUAGAUAUGCUUAUGCAUGUUCAAUAGUCAAAGCAAUGUUCAUUAACAAGGGAUCUAUAUUGGAGAGACUUCUUGUCUAACAUUGUAUUUACUCCUAAUUUGUUUUCUCUGCCAUGCAAUCUCAAUUCCUCCAUAUAAUAUCUAGUACUGUUCUUCUUUACUUUUCUAUCGAAAUGAUACUGAGGUUUGGGGAGAUAGCUCAGUUGUAAAAUACUUUCCUCACAAGUAUGAAGCCCCAAGUGUGUUCCCCAGAACCCACCCACAUAAAGAAACAGUUGGCUAUGUCUCCAGCACUGGGAAGGCAGAGAUAGACAAUCCCUAGCUCUUGUCGGCUAAUCUGCCUAGCCUGCUUGGUAAACUCCAGGAACAUGAGACCUGAUAUCUCAAAAAAAUGAUGUAGACAGUGCCUGAGAAAUGAUGCUUACACACACACGUGCACCACACACUCGUGCACCCUCAUGCACAGGAACACACGUACAAUCUAAAAACAUGUCAACAUGGAGCUGACUCAGAGUGGUCCCUCAGACACACAAAACAAAACAACUCUAAAAACAUGUCAACAUGGAACUGACUCAGAGUGGUCCCUAAGACACACAGAACAAAACAACUCUAAAAACAUGUCAACAUGGAGCUGACUCAGAGUGGUCCCUAAGACAAACAAAACAAAACAACUCUAUUCUAUCACCUUAGCCAUGCUAUUCCUUUCCCAGAAGCAACUGAUAGUAGUUUUUGCACAUAUAUUUUCCCAAAGACAGUUAAUAUGUUAAAGUAUUUAUAUAUUUUCUUAAUUCCUAAAUGGUAGCUCACAGAGCGUUUGCCGUACACUUUGCCUUUUUUAUUUAAUGUAUUGAUCCUUAUGCAGCUGCUGGAACUUAUUUAAAGCCCCAAGAAGAGAACUGCCUCAUUUCUAGAUUUUCCUUCCCAUCCCUCCAGGUGCCUCUUACACGGUCUGGGCCAGGCACUGUAACUGCUCUCUGUACCUAUACAAUACCGUGGAGCACUUACUUACUUACUGGCCGAGUUUGUGUUUGGCUUAUUUUGUAUCUGCUCAAAGGCAGACCUUGAGUCCCCAGGGUAUACUGAGUCAACCCAAUACCAAGGGGCAGCUUUAUUCGUAACUCAACAGAAGCAGAUCUGGAGUGGUGUCUCCAUGGUUGUUUUUCCUCCAUUUUUUUCCCAAACGCAGAUGCUCCACCUGCUUAUUCCAGGUUCUCCCAGAAAAUUCCAGCAUUGCUCCUUGACUGUUGGCUGCCCUGGACCUGCACUUGUACUAGGAAAAACCCAUUAGCUCUGUGUGAACCCUUGAAGGCCACUGCCUCUCAUCACCACAGCAGCCUCUAAGAGACUGCUUUUCAGAGGAUUUCAAAAUCAAUGCUUCUUGGGGGAGGAGGGAAGAAGGAGUCCAGAGCUUUCUUUCAAUCUUCUUUGUUUUGUCACAUGUCAAGACUGAAGAAACAGGCCGGGUAUGGUGGUGCAUGUUUCUAAUCCCAGUAUUCAAGGAGGCAGAGGC